AUGGCACCUUCCCAAAGAAGCACCCGCAGAGGCUCUGCCAGAGCCGCCAACCGCUCGCUGUCACCUCAAGAUAUUGCCCAAGGUGUGUCAGUGCUCACUCAACUGGAUACCCACCGCCAAGCAGCUCGUGCGAGUGCAGCGUCGCUGUGUCUCGUCGAACCGGAGGACGAGGUCGACUCGCCGUGCCCAAUCUAUCACUCAUUUCGCACCAGCGACCCCGAAAAUCCCAGCCGCCUAAUCAACUUCUCUCAUCACGAGUUCGAGCGGCUUUGGAGCCAAGUUCGCAUGCACAUCAGCGAGAAUUGGAACGUUGGCCGCGGUCGGAAAUGUGAACAAACUCCAAAGAACGUAUUUUUCAUGGUUCUAACCGUCUUAAAGCACUGCGGCAAGUGGGACGUUGUCGCCAGUAUCUUUCGCUUCAAGACCGGUGCCUUCCAGAAGAUGAUUUUAUCAUUCGCGGGGGUUAUUGCUCCUUUUCUUUACGACCGGUUUGUCGCUUCCGUUGCUAAUAAGUUUACAAUGGAGCAGCUCGUACUCGGUGGUAACACGUUUGACCACCACCCCUACCCCCGCUACGCUACAGAUGUUACCUUCCAACAGAGUAACAUGCCGUCGGGCAAAAUGAAGGAGCGCGCGUCGUAUUACAGUGCGAAGCAUCACCUUCAUGGUCACAAGGUAGAUGUGUCAGUAUUACCCAAUGGGCUUGCCUUGAACUGUACAAAGCAUUACCUUGGUAUCAAAGCCGAUAUUGAGAUUUUCCGUCACAACCACGCCUUUCACCUUCAGCACCUUCUCAAGAGCUCAAGCGAAAGGAAUAUGACGGAUGAGGGUCCGAUGAAGGAUAAGUAUCCGGAUUCGUGGUGCGUACUUGCGGACAAAGGCUAUCAAGGUUUAGCUGAUGACUUUCGCGUGAUUACCCCAAUCAAGAAAAGACCACUACAGCAACUGACACUGGAUGAAGGCAGGACAAAUGAUCGCAUUGCCCACGACCGAGUCAUUGUCGAAAACUACUUCGAGCGACUGACAACGUUGUGGGCAAUGUGCUCCGACAAGUAUCGAUGA